AGAAGAAGAAGAGAAACAAGCUUAGAAGAAAAAAAAAAUGGCGGAGCAAGGGUUUCAAGAACAAAGCACCAUUAGAUCAAGUUAUAGAGCUCGGGAUGCGAGUCCCGACUCAGUUAUAUUCACUCCGGAAUCCAAUUUCAGCCUCUUCUCUUCAGCUUCAGCUAGUGUCGAUCGCUGUUCUUUCGCCUCAGAUGCUCACGACCAUGAUUCUCUAGCUUCCGAACUCUCUUUACAUUUGGCAGGACAUGAAACAGGAGAUCAAAAUGAGAGUUUGAGUGGACCAGAUUCAAAUACAAACAAAGCUAACGCAGUCCUUAAUCACAGUCGUUUCUCCAGAAAAGGAGAGAAAGUGAAAGUUGAAAAAGAUGAAAACGAUACAGUUCAUGUAAAGGACGAAAAUCAACUCAUAGAUUCAGCAAGAAACUCAUUCUCUCUUGCUACUAAAGAUUGUAAGGAUAGGAAGAUUAGAUCUGAAGCUUCACGAAUACCCACUUCAUUAGAUCUAAAUAAUGUCUCAGCUUCGUCUCCACGGUUGGGGACUAUGAAGAAAAGCUCUGUUUCAACACGGAAAUCGGGUGCCUUUCCUAGUCCCGGGACUCCCAAUUAUCAUCAUCACAAUAACUUGAGUGCUGGGAUGCAGAAGGGUUCGAGUUCUGAACGAGUACCAUUGCACAACAAUGGUGUAAAGAGGCAGGGGAAUGUUGCUGGGAUGUUGCCUUGUAACAAUGGAAGGACUUUACCUUCAAAGUGGGAAAAUGCUGAAAGGUGGAUUCUUAGUCCAGGGAAUAGUGGUGUGAAACAAUCUGUCAUGCAUCCUCAAAGAAGACCGAAAUCAAAGAGUGGUCCACUUGGUCCUCCUGGGGCUGCUUACAAUUCUUUGUAUUCGCCUUCGAUGUACAUCCUUGAUGGGGGUAACAUGGGGAAUUUCAUGGCUGGUUCUCCUUUUUCAGCUGGUAUAAUUUCAGCAAAUGGUUUGGUAGCUCAUUCUCGUAGCCAUGGUGGUGGGUUUGCUGUUCGAACUGAGCCUUGCAUGGCCCGUUCUGUUAGUGUGCAUGGAUGCUCUGAGGUCGUAAGUCCACCAUCAUUGCCUUCUCAAGAUGCAGAUGAAAAUCUUGACAUGGUCAAGGAUGCAGCCACUGAUAUUUCUCGUACGGUUUCAAGAAGAGACAUGGCAACCCAAAUGAGCCCACAGGGUAGCACUUGCUCAUCAACCAAAGAAUCGGCUUCUUUCUCUCUCUCCACCCCAUCUCCUCUACCGAUCAUGGAACUGCAAAGCAUCCAUGCCUCUAAAUCAGAAGUGAGAGAUGUACAGAUAGAUGAAAGAGUCACCAUGACUAGGUGGUCAAAGAAGCAUAGAGCUGGAAACACUGCAAAGAGCUCAGAAAUCGUUGAUGAUUGGAGAAAGAAAGCCGCUGACACUCGUACACCAACCUGGGAUGUGACUGAGACAGCAAAGUGCGUUUCUACAUACGAAAGAGAAGAAGCCAAAAUCACUGCAUGGGAGAAUCUGCAGAAGGCAAAAGCUGAGGCAGCAAUAAGGAAACUAGAGAUGAAGCUGGAAAAGAAGAGAUCCUCGUCAAUGGAUAAGAUAAUGAAUAAACUGAGAUCAGCUCAGAGGAGAGCCCAAGAAAUGAGAAGUUCGAUGUUAUCCAAUCAGUCCCAUCAAGUUACAAGGACCUCCCGUAAGGCUAUACCGUUCCAUGGAACCUCAUUGACUGAUUGCUUCACCUGCCUUACUUUCUAAUGUCUCGGUUAGCUAUCUUUACCCGUUCAAUCGGGCCUGAAAUGCAAGUUUGAACAACAAAAGACCAACCUGGAGAUAAUAUAUGAAUAAUAUUGUACAGGAAGCAACUAUUAUACUUGAAGCUAAAUUGGUUCACUGCAGUUUGUGCAUGUCCUGGGACUUCAAGAUUUACUGCAAGUAUGUCUAAUAAAAACCCUUGAAUGCAUGCAUGCAUGUAUGUAUGCAUGUAUAUAUAUGAUGUAUAUGUAUGCAUGUAAUCAACCUUUUAAGUUUCUUUCCUUACUAUGGCAGCUUGCCUUGGAAAUGAAAAUAGCAUCUUUUUUCUUUAUAUAAAA